GCAUUUGCAAAACGGGCUAUGACGGUGAGACCUGCGCCAACACGGCGGAGUUCCACACCACGGAGUGGAGUAUGUGUGAAGGGCCUUGUGGGGGCACUCCAAGCUUCAGGACGCGGCUGGUACGUUGCUACAAUACAGGGUCUGGAGCACUCCUGGAGGAUUCUCAAUGCGCGGGAGAAAAGCCCUUGGAACGUGAGGCGUGCAUUACGCCUCUUUGCAGCUGCACCGAGCCACCGCGGAUCAACUACA